AUGUCUUCACAACAAGAGAAGUCUGAGUUGGACGCCAGGGCAAAGCAAGGAGAGACGGUGGUCCCUGGCGGCACAGGCGGCAAGAGCCUGGAGGCUCAAGAACACCUUGCUGAAGGGAGGAGCCGCGGUGGGCAGACUAGGAAGGAACAGCUGGGUACUGAAGGCUAUCAGGAAAUGGGGCGCAAGGGUGGCCUUAGCACUGGGGACAAGCCCGGUGGCCAACGAGCUGAGGAAGAAGGGAUCGAGAUUGACGAGUCAAAGUUCCGGACGACUUAG